UCCUAAUGGAGUUCUAUUAACAAACCUCUCGUUUGAUUAUAAUUAGAGUCCUAAUGCAAUUCCUUCGCAGAAUCAUAUCGCAACUCCAACUCUUCAUUCAUGAAACCCUGGCCUGUCUAUAUUUGCCAAUCUCAAACUUUACAAGCUUCAUUUAAAACAAUCAGAUCUUCAUUGCAGUGAAAAUAUUUCAUCAAACUUUUAAGCCAUGUAUAAAGUAGCAAGCGCUUCCGAGUAUCUGGUGAUCACAGGGGCCGGAAUCCCCGACCUGAAGAUCGCAAAGAAGGCAUGGGUACUCCCUGGCCAGUCCUACGCGGUCAUUGACCUCUCUCCGGUGAACUACACAUUCGAAGUCCAGGCAAUGAGCGCCGAGAAGCUCCCAUUUGUUCUCCCUGCCGUCUUUACCAUCGGCCCCCGAGCCGACGACAGGGAGGCCAUUGAGAAAUACGCCAGGCUCCUCGCCAGCUGCGACAAGAACUCGAAACACGUCGAGGAGCUUGUCCAGGGCAUCAUCGAGGGUGAGACUCGCGUCCUUGUGGCGUCGAUGACCAUGGAGGAGGUGUUCAAGGGGACCAAAGAGUUCAAAGAGGAGGUUUUCGACAAGGUUCAGAUCGAGCUCAAUCAGUUCGGGCUUUUUAUCUACAAUGCAAAUGUUAAGCAGUUGGUGGACGUCCCUGGACACGAGUAUUUCAGUUACUUGGGGCAGAAGACUCAGAUGGAGGCUGCCAACCAGGCCAAGGUCGACGUGGCCGAGGCGAAAAUGAAAGGUGCUGUUGGCUCCAAGCUGAGGGAGGGGCAGACAUUGCAAAACGCUGCCAAGAUUGAUGCCGAGACGAAGAUCAUAGCGACUCAGAGGGAAGGGGAGGGGAAGAAGGAGGAGGUUAAGGUGAAGGCGGAGGUCAAGGUUUACGAGAACCAAAGAGAAGCUGAGGUGGCUAAAGCAAAUGCUGAGCUGGCAAUGAAGAAGGCAGGGUGGGCUAAGGAGGCGCAGGUGGCCGAGGUUGAGGCGCAGAAGGCGGUGGCGAUGAAGGAGGCCCAGUUGCAAAAGGAGGUGGAGAGGAUGAAUGCACUGACUAUGACAGAAAAGCUCAAGGCCGAAUUUUUGAGUAAGGCAAGUGUUGAGGCCGAAACUAAAGCUCAAGAGGCAAACUGGAAGCUCUACCAAGAACAAAAAGCGGCGGAUGCGAUUCUUUACCAGAGGGGGAAAGAGGCAGAGGCAAUGAGAGCAGCUGCCGAGGCUCAGUUCUUUGCUAAGCAGAAGGCUGCUGAUGGAGAGUUUUAUGCUAAGAAGAAAGAGGCCGAGGGACUUGUGGAACUAGGAAAAGCGCAAGGUGUUUAUCUAAGCACUCUUAUGGACUCGUUGGGUGGCAACUAUGGGGCAAUGAGGGACUUCUUGAUGAUCAAUGGUGGGAUGUUUCAAGAGAUUGCUAGGAUCAAUGCCGGGGCAGUGCGUGGGCUUCAGCCUAAGAUUAGUAUAUGGACUAAUGGCGGAGAGGCUUCCGGUGGCGGCGGCAAUGCGGCUAUGAAGGAGGCCGCCGGAGUUUAUAAAAUGUUGCCACCGUUGUUCAAGACGGUGCAGGAACAGACGGGAAUGCUGCCGCCAAAUUGGAUGGGCACUUUGCCUGCUGAUAAUUGAUAAGCAAGGGAAGCUUGAGACUGAAGUAAUGCAACUUUAGCGGUAGUAUCUGUCUCAUUCAGUUCAUUUGUUUGAUAGUUUCUGGUCUUCAGUUGCUUUUAUUUUUUAUGGAAUUUUUUGGGUAGCUUCAGAUUUGUUUGGAUGCAAGCAUAUAUUCUUCAUUGUUUCUAAUGACUGUUUCCAUAAUUUAUUAUUGAAACAUGGUUAAUAGUUCCC